UGAAAGACAUGGCAAAAAGGAUGAUGGAUAAAUUUGAAAAGUAUUAGGGUGAAUAUAGUACCAUUCUUUCAAUUGCUAUGAUUCUUGACCCACGGAUGAAACUUGAAGCACUCCGAUUCUAUUACUCCAAGCUUGAUUCUUCUACUUGUGAUGAAAAGCUUAUUCAUAUAAAAGGGAAGAUGUACAAACUUUUUGAAGAAUACGUGAGUGUGAGUGUGAAGUCAAUUUCAUCUAAUGCAUCAAGUUCUCAAUUCACUUGUUCAACAGAAGAACAUUUGAACAUGGAAGAAGACAAAGAGAUUGAUCCAUACAAUGAAUAUAUCAAUUACGUAAGCCAAAAUGUGAAUGUAACCGACAAGUCUGAGUUGGAUCUGUAUCUAACUGAAACACCACUUGAGCCAAAGUAUUUUCCAAAGUUAUAUGUUUUGAGCUAUUGGAAGGAUCGUCACGAACGUUAUCCAAAUCUAUGUAGACUAGCAUGCGAGGUGUUAAGUAUUCCAAUAACAAUUGUUGCCAGUGAGUUUGCAUUUAGCAUUAGUGGUCACGUGCUUAACAAGUAUCGAUCUAAUCUUCUUCCUAACAAUGUUCAAGCACUGAUUUUAACUCAAAAUUGGUUACAUGGUUUUGAAAAUAUUGAUGAAGAUAAUGAAGAUGAUCAAAAGGAAGAGGAAAUUGUUCUAGACUUUUCAAUCCAUGACUCCAAUGCACCUCAUGUGUAGUAAUUAUAGGUAAGGAAACAAAAACUUGUAGUCUUCUACAUAUUGUCUCUGUCUCUGGUAUUAUGUAUUUUAUACUAUUUUUCAUAAUUCAAUAUGCAUGUGAGUUGUUGGUGUAUUAGAUUACUAAGUUGCAAAUGAGAUUACUAAGUUGGAAAAUAGUAAUGCAUAUAGAGGUCCCUUCUUCAAACUAUAGGAAAAUGUCAGUUAUUGGUGCGUUAGAAAUAAUGUAAUAUUGAAUGUUAUAGCAUCUUGAACAAAGAGUUUGGGAGACUGCACUGCCAUUCAAAUAGAAAUAAAUGGCAUAUAAAUAAUAAGUUAGAGAAUAGAUUAACGAUUGCAGGAAGAAAAAAAUUAUGCAAUAAUUGUGUGACUUUGAGUGGGUGAACUUGAAAUAUAUAAUGUGAGAAAAUGACUUUGAAUGGAUAAUGUGAGAACUUGAAUCAGAAUCUUGAUCUUCGUACACAUGGAUAAUGACUUUGAGUGGGUGAACUUGAAAUAUAUAAUGUGAGAAAAUCUGUUAGGUGUGAAAAUUUGGAGUAGCACCGGUUUUUUUAUGAUGUUGCUAAAAUUACGCAUAGAUGAUUUUGGUGUAUCAUGUUGGGAAAAUCUUGUUCUUAUUUUAUCAUGCUUUUUGCAAUCAUUUAGCAUCUGUCAAAUUUCAAAUUUAAUGCUUUGCCUUUUAUACACCAUUAAGCAAUGCAAGGGAAGGUUUUGUUUUUUGCCGUUCGUGUAGGACACCAUCUAUUUUGAGAACUGCACAUGUUAGAAGAGUGGCAAAGGGAGAUAAAGCAAUUGGAGGAUGACAAGAUUGAAACAACCGUGUUAUGAACCAAAUUUUCUGAAUUAGCAUGAUAAAGAUGUGUAUUAUUUUCAUUUAUGUUUUGUUGAAUACCACGGUAGAAAUUUCCUAGUAUGAUCCUUGUUAGUGAGCA